CCCCAACCUGGCCAUAUCACAACUAUUUCAAAAUCAAAAUCCAGCACUGCAUCGAUUGCACAAGUCUCUUUCCGCGGCAAAAGUCCCUCCUCCAAUUGCAUCAUGGCGACCUUUACGAGAAUCGACGAGGGCGAAACACCCUCCAUCACCAUCCACCCUACACACAGUGUUGCCAAGAUUAAUGACAACAUAUAUGCUGGUUUCACAGAGCACAUGGGACGCUGCAUCUAUGGCGGCAUCUAUGAACCUGGAAGCCCUCUCUCCGACGAGAACGGCUUUCGCAAGGAUGUCAUCGAGUCCUUCCAAGAGUUGAAUGUACCCGUAGUCCGAUAUCCAGGUGGCAACUUUGUUGCAACAUACCAUUGGCUCGAUGGUGUUGGCCCAAAGGACCAGAGGCCUGCCAGGCCAGAGCUUGCUUGGAUCGGCACCGAGUCGAACGAGUUUGGCACUGACGAGUUCAUGAAGUGGUGUGAAGUUGUCGGCACCGAACCUUACCUCUGCCUCAACUUUGGCACUGGAACACUAGACGAAGCUCUUGGAUGGCUCGAGUACUGCAACUCGGACCGUAACACAUACUACGCUAAUCUGCGCCGCAAGAAUGGCCAUGAGAAGCCUUACAAUGUCAAGUACUGGGCAUUAGGAAACGAGUGCUGGGGCCCGUGGCAGGUUGAACAGAUGACCAAGGAAGACUAUGCGAAGAAGGCUUACCAAUGGGCGAAAGCUCUAAAGCUGCUCGACCCCAGUAUUGUCUUGAUCCUCUGCGGAGAGACUGGUUAUUCAUCAUGGGAUUACUAUGUCCUCAACCAGUGCGUCAAAUGGGACGUGCAUGGCCUCGCUGGUGACAACACCAAGUCACUCAUCGACAUGCAUUCCAUUCAUAUCUACACCGCGGAUAACGAGCAUCUACCAAACGCCACUGCACCAAGGGCUGCGGAACGAGCAAUCCAGCUAACUAGCGCGUUGAUCGAUCUUGCGCGCAUCGAAAACAAGGUCCCCGAGACCGUCCCAAGGCCUACCAUCUGCUUUGAUGAGUGGAACGUCUGGGAUCCCGUCCGCGCGCCUGGCGAGCAGGGUGCAGAGGAGAAGUACACGCUCUCCGAUGCGCUUGCCGUAUCCAUCUUCUUGAACGGUUUCAUCCGACAAGCAAAGGAUGUCGGCAUGACCAACAUUGCGCAGUCGGUCAAUGUCAUCUCACCGUUGAUGACGACCAAGGACGGACUUAUUAAGCAAACGAUUUGGUGGCCAUUGCUGCUGUUUUCCAAGUACAUGCGCGGCCACACCAUCGCACUGAAUGUCCGGGCUCCGGAAUACACUGGACGAACAAAUCCCAACUGGAUUAGGGGCACGAUUGAGACUCCGUUCCUCGACUGCAGUGCCGCCCUCGGAGACGACGGAUACAUCAACCUUGCUGUUACAAACGUUAGCGAGGAUAAGGACUACGAAGUCAACCUGGAAGGUCUCAAGGCGGACAGUGUGGAAGUACACACGGUUUCCGGUGACAAUGUGCAAGUCGCCAACACAGAAGAGGAGCAGAAGGUUGGGAUCAAGGAGAGCAGCUGGGACGGCAAGGGCGCUUUCAAGUUCGGCAAGCACUCUUUCACGCUCCUCAGGUGGAAAGCAUGAGCAAGGGCAUGGGCAUGACAUGGACGACUUCAAUGUAUAGACCAUCUUUAGACUUUCAAUAGACCUGGGUUUGUGAGUUCUUCGAUUGAAGGCUUGGUUCCGUCCUGUAUUUCGCCCUAACAAAAUUAUAAAGGC